AUGGCAAACGAGCGCUAUUUCGGUAGGGCAUGCAAGACAUGCCGUCGCCGCGGCCGAGGAUGCGACCGGCGCAUGCCUUCCUGCAACACCUGCGAGACUAGUGGUCAAACAUGCGAGGGAUACCAGCUACAGUGGCCGGGCUUAGCAAGCCGUGGCCAAUUGGUGGGCAAAGCUAUACCUGUAGCAGAGACAAAACGUCGACGAACGCGUCGAGUUCAGCGAUCGACCGUUCCAAGUCCACCUUCGCCCACGCUUCCACAAUCACCCUCGAGUCCUGCCAACAACGAUAAGGAUCAGACUGAGCUACAGCCAGAGCGAUUCGAGGAUCUUCUUGAUCCGAUACAACUCUUCGCGGAUAUCGCCGAUCUAGGGACACCAUCAAACCUGCUGUGGUCCAAUAAUGUCCCUUUGAUAAACAACCUUGCCGAUGACACUGUCGAGCCUCAACUGGAUCCCGAAUCGGAAUCUCCCUCGCAAGACCCUGAGCCUUUCGUAGGAUCCUUGGGGUUGAAUCAUAUACUGGGGCCGAGUCUUGAUAUUUUGGGAAUUCCGGAUGAACUCAAAUUUAUUAUGCAGUACCACAUCUGUGAGGUGAUACCAAAGUUAUGCGUGGACAACCUAUCUCCUCAAAAUCCAUAUCGUGAAUACAUCCUCCCUCUCGCCAACGAGGUUCCAUCAUUACUUUACGCCUGUGCAGCGCUAGCAGCAUGUCAUUACAACGUACGACUCUCCACAAAUCAAUUCGAGCGCGAAUUUUUCCGAUUCAAGGGCAAAGCGAUGAAGCGAUUACAAGAGGAUUUAUACUCCCAAACCCGGGCUAAACAUCCCGGGACACUUGCCACAAUACUCAUGCUUUGCUUGUGUGAUAUUUGCCAGGGAGGAGUAUCGGACUUCCAGUCACAUUUUCAAGGAGCUAAACGCCUUAUUGAACUACGUCAAGAACGAACAAUUAGUUCCUUUGUGGAGCAAUAUCUGGCUUGGCUUGACGUGAUGGCUGCUGCUUCGCAUUCUAGACCUACUGUGUUUUCGUCACAAGAGAUCAACACAUUAUUAGGAGAAUCUCAGGACCGGUGGGGCUUCGAUGCCAUACCUUGUCCAUCAGAUCAGUUCCAAAUUAUUUGCGAAAUCGUCACUCUAUACAAAACCCAACCUGAUCCCGACAACCCUUCAAUCGAAACGCUUAGCCAAGUCCUGGAUAUCAAGCAACGGCUCUUACAACAACAAACCCAUUGUGCUAAAGGCAAGAACUGGCUUCACAUGACCGAAGCGUAUCGUUUCGCUAUUAUUCUUUAUCUGUUACGAUUAUUUUCCUGCGAUAUCGAUGAGUUCGAGGUGGAUUGGCUUGUCAGCAGUGUGCUUUAUCAUGCGAGAGCUACACCACCAGCCUCUGGAUGGUCGGAUCAAUUACUAUGGCCCUUAUUUCAUGCCGGUCUUGAGUUGAAAGAUGCUAGACGUCAAGAGUGGGUUCGAGAACGGGCGAGGUGUAUGCAGAGCUCUGGUGGAUUUGGUAAUGUACAAAGCGCGCUUGUUUUACUUGAGGGGGCUUGGAAGGGACACCGGCCAAUGAAGUAUAUUGAUCUGAUGUUAGGAGGUGGAAAUGGGGCUGUACUUUUAAUCUGA